AGGAAAGCCAAAUUGCCGUUUGCGAACAGUUAAAUGGUUGCUGAUUCAGCAGGGUGGCGCAUCAGGGCAGGUUGCUUAUCCAAGAUGUCUAACAAGGAAGUGAAAGCGGCACUGAAAAAUGCCAGAGAGGCUAUCAAACACAAGGAAUUCAAAGAGGCUCUAAAGCACUGUAAGGCUGUGUUGAAACUUGAGAAAAACAAUUAUAAUGCAUGGGUGUUCAUCGGCUUGGCAGCAAGUGAGCUAGAGCAGCCGGACCAGGCACAGACAGCCUACAGGAGAGCUGUAGAGCUGGAGCCCGAGCAGCUGCUGGCAUGGCAGGGGUUAGCUAAUCUCUAUGAGAAAAUUGACCGUUGGGAUUUCAAAACUGAACUACCUGAUGUCUACCAGAAACUCGUUGAGCUGUAUGCAAGCUCAGAUAAAAGCAAAUGUUAUGAGGUUAUCGGAAAAUUGUCAGACAUCUAUCAGUCGGACAGAGAAUAUUUGAUGUUGGCAAAGAUUUGGCUGCGGCUCAUUCAGCUGAAAGAGGAAGAUGCUGAGGACAAUACAGAAAUACUGCGGUUAUGGCAACAGAUGACAUGUCUCCUCUCAGACUGCAUUGAUGGAGAAGGGCAGGACAAUGAAACUCAACAGCACUUGAUCACAGCUUUUGAGAAGGCCAUGGCUCUCACUGAUCCUGUCCCGGGAGAAGAACACAGGAAGCUGUCUGCUGACUACAUCAAAUGUCUUUCCAAGUUGUCACAUGAAGAGUCCAAAAUGAAAGGGGCGUGCGAAUCCAUGCUGUCCCUCUACCCAACUCAAAGUUAUCCGCUGGAGGUCCUCUGCGAUCACUAUCUCAAAACGGGUGACCAGAGUGAAGAAGCAGGCAGCAGUUUCUCUCGUCUGCUGGAGCUGGCCCCCGACAGUGGGUUAGGUCACUUGGGUCUGGGCAUCAAAGCUCUGCAGGAGGGAAAAUUUGAGCAUGCCAUUGAAGAACUGGCAAAAGGCUUGAAGAAGAUGGGCUCCAUUAUGGGAUGUUAUAACCUAGCUCAGGCCCAGCUCAAAUUGCACAGAUACUCUGACAGUGCUGCAUCCAGCUCCCAAGGCCUGAAACUGUGCGGGUCUGGAGAUGAGGAACUGAGGAUCAAGCUCCUAAAGCUGAGGCUGGAUUCCCUGGUUAGGUGUAGGGAGGAGAUCGCUGCAGACCAGGCCCUACAAACAUUUCCACAGAUUCCAGGUGCUGAAAAUGAACCAUUGCUGGUAGCAUUUAAAGGAAGAGCAUAUCUGAACAAAGGACAGAUUGAUCAAGCCCUCCAGGUGUCAUCUGAGCUACUGGCCUCCCAACCUGGCUUAGCUCAGGUUUCGGUACUGAGAGGACUAGUUCAGUUAGCCCAGGACCAGCACCAGCUGGCAGAGCAGAGUUUCCUGCAGGCAGCAGCCCUGAACCCAGACUGUGGGGAGUACUAUUUCCUCCUGGGGAAGCUCUACUGGGACAUGGGAGGAGAGACCCGCCGAGACAGGAGCAAGGCCCAUACAAAUUUGCUUAAGGCUGCCAAGCUGGACCCAUACCUUGGCAGUGUUUUCCGCUACCUGGGGCAUUACUACAGGGAGGUAGCUAUUGACCAUGGCCGGUCACGAGGCUGCUACAAGAAGGCCUUUGAGUUGGACAACAGUGAUGCUGAGUCUGGAGCUGCAUAUGUGGAUCUCAGUAUGGAGCAGGGGGAUAUGGACACUGCCUUGGUAGCGCUUCAGUCAGUAAUAGAGAAAGCCACUCCAGGCUCAGCCAAGUGGGCUUGGAUGCGACGAGGCUUAUACCACUUGAAGGUUGGCCAACAUCCACUGGCUACUGCUGAUCUGCAGGCAGCUCUUAGGGCAGAUCCUGAAGACUGGGUGUGUUGGGAGUGUUUGGGCGAGGCCUACCUGAACCGCCGGAGUUUCACGGCAGCGCUGAAGGCGUUUGGCAAAGCCCACGAGCUUCAGCCCUCUUCCAUCUACAGUGUCUACCAAACAGCGGCAAUCAAACAGACCCUGGGAAAGUUUAAAGAGGCUGCUGCAGAGUACUUACAGAUCACUAAGCAGGAAGACUACAUCCCUGCUCUCAAAGGUCUCGGGGAAUGUCAGUUGUCCUUGGCCAAAGGGUUGUUAGAAGAUUACAGAGAUGGAGGGGCCAUAGACCUCAUCCAGCAGGCUAUACAAAACCUCUUCAGGGCAGUGGAGCUGCGUCCAGACCUGUCCUGUUUGUGGAAGCUGCUGGGAGAUGCCUGCACCACCGUUAGCACUGUCUCUAGCAACAGAGCCCUGCUUGUGGUGCCCGGCCUGUUGGCUGAUUUAGAUCCCACCGCCGAGACACACACUCUCAACCAGGCCCAGACGCUCAAAGUUGGCGAGAGGUGUUAUGGGCACGCUCUGAAGCUGUUGCCUGAGGCCCCGAGCCUGUGGUAUGACCUUGGGCUCAACUACUAUCGCCAGGCCAACCUGAAGUGCCCUGCAGAGAUAGACCUGAACUACCCAGCCCUAGUCCUGGAGAAGGCUCAACAGUGUGUGAAGAAGGCUAUCAUGAUGGACAGUGGGGACCAUAGCUACUGGAAUGCCCUGGGAGUUAUUGCGAUGAGCAAAGAUCUCGAGAACUUUGCCCUGGCUCAGCAUUGCUUCAUUAAGUCCAUACAAGCUGAGGCAAAUAAUGUUGUUGCCUGGACCAACCUUGGUGCCUUGUAUUUGAAGAAGGAAAAUAUAGAGCUUUCACAUGAGGCCUUUAAGAUUGCACAGUCCUUGGAACCGCUCUAUGUAAAUUGCUGGAUCGGACAGGCACUCAUAGCAGAGACAGUUGAAAGCUACGACACGAUGGAUCUCUUCAGGCACACCACUGAGCUCAGCACACAUACAGAGGGCGUGAAGGGCUAUGCGCACUGGGUGUGUGCCACUCUGCUUGAUAAGGGCAACAGAAACUCUGAGCUGUAUCGCUAUAAUAUAGUCCAGAUGAAUGCCAUCUCCGCUGCUCAGGUUGCUCUCAGCAAAUACACAGAGAGGAUCCAGUCUGACCCUGCUGCCUUCAUCAUGUUGGGUUACCUGAAUGAGCACCUGCAGCUAAAGAAGCAGGCUGUCCAGGCUUACCAAAGGGCUGUGGAGCUGCUUCAGUCAAUGUCCUCUACAGAACAACUGGCUUUUGCUCUGGGCAGUUACGGCCGUGCAUUAUGUACCGCAGGCCAAUGGGAGGAGGCAGUGCGUGUUUACUCCUCCACUCCUCUGCAGGAGCUCUGUGAUUUGGCCGGCCUGGCUUUGGCCUACUUCAGGGCAGGACUCAUCCCACAGAGCAUUAAUGCAUAUGAGCGUGCGCUGGCUGUUGCCUCCAGUGAGAAGGAGAGAGCCUACAUCUUGACAGCCCUAGCCCUGCUGCAGCACAAGCAGGGUAACUUGGACUCAGCCAAAACUCUGCUCUUCAAAUGUUCCAUUUUGAAAGAACUAAUCCCAGAGUCUCUGCUGUGCCUGUGUGCCCUGGGUUUGGUCCAUGGCGAUACUACACUAGCCAGUGCCGCCCUAACGGAGCUGCUGAAGCAGGGCUCAGCCACAAACGGCACCGUAGAGCAGCGGUGUCUGCUCACCUGCACCUUAUUGGCCCUUCAGGGCAACUACAGUGCUGUGCAGAGAGAGGCAGCCAGAGCUGUACACAGCAAUCCAGGCAAUCCGUCUCUUUGGGCCCUACUGUCCAGACUGGUACCACAGUACUACCCCAGGAAAGCCAAUGGGGGAGCAAUGGCAGGCCAUGUAGCUUGUCUAUCCAGUAUGACUCAAGGAAAGAGGGCGCUGUUGUACAGUGGAGUGAAUCAGCUUGCGGGUGGGAGAUACUCAGGAGAAAACGUUCAUAGGAAUACACUGAGGACUAUGCAGAGAGCUGUGCUGCUUUGUCCCGAUGACCCAGCAGCAUGGGCGGGAUUGAUGGCUUCCUGUCACACAGAAAACACUGCUUGUUUGCUUUCUGGCUCUGCUCCUCGCAGAUUAGGACUGGAGAGGAUCCUGAUGUCAGUAAUUUCUGAAAAAGUGCACCAUGUGGAGGAAAUAGAGCACCCCUUAGCCCAGGCCCUUGAAAGCUGGGUGCUACAGCAGGCGGUGACUGGUCUCAUGCUUGGGGGAGAGCUGGAUCAGGCAGAGGCCCUCUGCUCCCAGGUAUUGAGCGUUUCCCCAGAGCACCCAGAAGUGUUGUUGUUGCUGAGACAGGUGCAGUGUCAGCGCCUCCUUCUGGAAGGCGGUGGUACUGCUGUAGCAGAUUCAGUACUGGAGCAGCUCAGUAGCACCGUCAUGGCUAACCCAAACAACGUUGGCGCAUGGCAUUGGUUGGCUGAGAUGUAUCGUAGCCAGGGUCUGCUGACACAAGCAGUAAUGGCUUACAGACAGAGUCUGAAAAUUGCCUUACAGUUGGGCCUGCACAGUAGCCAGCUGGCCAGCUUGCUUCGACUGGCCUUGCUGGCCCUUGGACCCUGUAUGGCUGGUGUGCCUGGUAAUGACUGGAAGAAUCUGGUUGUGGAAGCCUCUACUGAGGCACUGAAGCUGGGGUCAUCCCCUAUGGCCCUCCUCUUCCAGGCCCUGUUACAAUUUGCAACCAAAAUGGGAGCCAGGGAAACCAGGCGUCUGCUUGAGAGGCUUGUGUACUUCUCCACUCGGGAAAAUCCAGUGACAGCGGUGCAGGUGGCCAGCUGGUACCUCCUCAGACACUUGCAUGCCAAAAACGACGAGGAGCUGAUGGAUAGCCUUUUGGAGCAUGCCAAAGCAAAUGGGGACCAAAGACUGCUAGAGUUUCAUUCACUGCUCAUCUCCUCAUCAAGCUGAACAGUCCGUGAGCCAGGGCCCCAAAUUCGGGCCACCGGUACCAUCUGGGGAGAAUAAUUCUCAUGCUGGUUUUUGGCAAGUUGUACACUCCUAGUACUAGAAAAUAUGUGAUAACCUUCCAGCAGUGGCAGUUAUGUAAUAUUGGAUCAUUUUCCUCAAUAAAUAAAUGGCCAA